CCGCAGGUUGGCGUCUUGUGUUGCGGAGACCUCCCUGUUUCCACAGAUUGUGCCUUGUUUCCGCAGUUGUGCUGUCGUGAGUCGAUACUACGCCGCUUGCCCACAGUCUGUCCCCUCCUCACGUCCGCCCGCCUGCUCACUGGCAGCUUUUUUAUUAUUUUUCCUCCGAUUUUUCCUCAAUUUCCCCCCCCUUCUCACAUGAGCUUCAUGUGCAAAGUGCGAGCCUCCUCCAGCACUGCUCUUGGAAACAUGAUGAUGAUGGUUUAGAAAAGGAAAACACUCAUCGUCCUUCUCUCUCCAUCCACUCCGUGGUGCCUCAGAGGAUCAUGCAACAUCUUAAGCCAUGGCGAGCUCUGCUCCUUCUGACCAUGCUCUACCAACCAUCCAUCUCUGAAAAAUACGGUUGUCUCUUUGAGAGGAAAUUGUGCACAAGAGACCAGUUCUGCUCAGAUGAUGGGUUGUUUGGGCAGUGUCGAGGCUCCAAGCAGAACCAGGUCCAGUAUCAGGUGUCUGUUCCUGUACUGAAACGAAUGCAGGAAGUCCUGAAACAGCUCAUGCUACAAGGGCUGUCAUGGCAGGAUGACAUCACCCAGUAUAUUUUAUCAAAGGAGCUGAAGAGAGUUCCUCAUACGACCGUUCCGUUGAAGCCAAACUCAUCAUCUUCCUCUCUUCAUUCAUCCCAGUCCAAACAGCACAUCCCCCACCACAGUUCAAAGUCAGGGGCCGCACCUCCUGGAAGCAAAUAUCUGGACUACAUGAUUGUUGAGCCACCUCAGACUCCGAUGCGUAUGCAAACUGCAUCAGUGGAUCCAUACACAUACCACCAGCACAGGUACCAAGAGGAAGCUGAGAGAUCUCUGAUUGGUGCGGGAGGUGGUUAUGCCCGUCCCUCUUCAAGACACCAGGCCAACCAGAGAGAGCGAGAGCGUGACAGGCAGCUGCUACAGGAAGCUCUGUCUCUGUACCUGCCAUCUGCACAGACUGCAUAUCGCCAUCGUGGAACUGCCUCCAUUGCUCCUGCGGGUGUGCCUUAUUAUGAGGACUUUGAUUUGGAGAUACCAGCCAACUACAUGGAAGACUACACCCUACAGGAGAGACUUGGCACUACAGGAAGGCAACAGAACAUACAGAAUAAGAAGGUCCCUGAGGACUUAAAUGGCUUGUCUGGAGGCGAUGAUGGCUUACUCCAGAGGAUGUUAGAGGUUUACCUCAGGAAGAACAACAUUGAUCCAAGGGAACUGAGUCAGGAGCAGCUCUACAGGCUGGCUCUCAUACUGCAGCUGCUGCAGGGCCAGGAAAAAGCAGAUCCAGUUGAGAAAGGCGUCAUCACUCUUAAGGAGAUGCAAAUGUUACAGAAAGAGAGUGUGUCCAAACCAGAGAAGCCUGCUCCUGCAUCUGGUCCCCCCAAUGACCCCCCCGCUCCCUCCUCUGCCUCAGCCCCAGAUACCCCUGCAGCCAAAAGUGCCAUCUCACCCCCCUCUGCUUCCCAGCCUCCACAGCCUGUUCCUGCAAAAAAUGGGAACAGCUUUAAAGAACCUCUUGUUGAGAGUGCAGGAGCCAAAGAGGAGUAUGGGUACAUUGUCACUAAUCAGAGUCCGCUGAGUCUGUAUGAUGGAGCGAAAUUGUUGGAGCUGCUAGCUGAUAAAAUACACUUGACAACCAGCAGUUUUAUCAACAUCAGUCUGGUAGGCUCUGCCCUGACUUUCCGCAUCCGGCAAAAUGAGCACAACAUCACGGCUGCGGAUGUGGCUGCCAAAGCCGUGUCUGAGAAGAACUUCCUGGAGUCUGAGACUGGCUUGAAAAUUGUGCAGAGCGGUGUGGGAGAGAGGACAGAUGCGCGGGGUGGUCCUCAGGUAGCCCGGGUUUCCCACGGCUCCAGUGGAACAGCCAUCACCCUUGUUUCCAUGGCAGUUGUGGGAGGUGUGCUGGUAUUGGCCAUGGCUGUGGCCUGUUUCAGGCACUAUGCUCAGCAAGUGGCCAAUGGCAAGCUUGGUCUGGGGCCAGAGGGAGGAGCGGAAACACACUUUGACUAUCAGGCAAGACAACUAAUUGUGACUGUUUUUAACUUGAUUCAGGAGCUAUGUCGGCAGCACAUGGCUUCCAAAUCCUCCCUGUGCCGCCAGGAUUGCGCGGGUGCGGUGGCCAGCGGCGUUGCGGGUUCCGGCGUAGCCCCCGGGGCCGGUGGACGCCGGGGGACGGACACGUCCCGCGUCAGCAGCGUGUCCUCUCAGUUCAGCGACGGGCCGCAGCACAGCCCGUCCUCCACCCACAGCUCCACCCCGUCCUGGAGCGAAGAACCAGCCCAGUCCAACAUGGACAUCUCCACUGGUCACAUGAUACUGGCAUACAUGGAGGACCACCUGCGUAACAAGGACCGGCUGCAGAAGGAGUGGGAGGCUUUGUGUUCUUAUCAGGCUGAGCCCUGCUCACUGGCCGUGGCUCAAGACGUGACCAACAUGGACAGAAACAGACGUGCUGAGGCCCUCCCCUAUGAUCAUUCUCGUGUGAAGCUGAAGACAGAAGUCAACCCAAAUAAACAAGAUUACAUCAAUGCCAGUUUCAUAUUUGAUCACGACCCUCGUCAACCAGCUUACAUUGCCACACAGGGACCUCUGCCCCACACUGUGGCUGACUUCUGGCAGAUGGUGUGGGAGAACGGCUGCACGGUCAUUGUGAUGAUGGCUGCCAUGGUGGAAGAUGGGGAAAAGCAGUCUGAAAGAUACUGGCCCGACGAGGGAUCGUCCCUCUACCACAUCUAUGAGGUCAACCUGGUGUCAGAGCACAUCUGGUGUAAGGACUUCCUGGUGCGCAGCUUCUACUUAAAGAAUGUCCAGACCCAGGAGACAAGAACUUUGACGCAAUUCCACCUGCUCAGCUGGCCGGGUGACGGCAUCCCCACCUCCACCCGACCGCUGCUCGACUUCCGCAGGAAGGUGAAUAAGUGUUAUAGAGGACGGUCCUGCCCAAUCAUCGUCCACUGCAGCGAUGGCACUGGCAGGGCUGGCACUUAUAUCCUCAUCGAUAUGGUGCUGAACCGCAUGGCCAAAGGAGUGAAGGAAAUUGAUAUUGCAGCCACACUGGAGCACAUCAGAGACCAGAGGCCUGGCCUGGUUCGCACCAAGGACCAGUUUGAGUUCGCCCUGACAGCAGUUGCUGAGGAAGUGAACGCCAUCUUGAAAGCUCUGCCACAGUGA